UGCCACUUCAGAUAAGCUAACCUAACAUAUGUAGGAUUUGGUGAGGAUGAAUGUAACAUAACCUAUACUGUGGUAUACUUUACUACUUCAUAUAUAUAUAUGUAACAUUAAUAUUUCGGUUGAAAUUAAAAUAUUACAGGGCGAAAACCAUAAUGUGCUAUGAUUUUUGUAACACGUAAGACACUUCAUACAAACUACAAAUUUAUUUUAUCUCUUACGAUUACACAACAAAACAAACCACACCUAUGGCUUCAUGGCAGCCAACAUGAUACGCUUGAACGUAUUGUAAUUAGUAUAUUUUACUAUAUAUAUGUAUACUUGGAUUUCUUGUUUAAUUACGGAACAUAUUUAGCUUCAAAUAUCCGUAAUAUUAUUAUCACGAAAUGUAUUGUAAAACAUGUCUAACAACAGAGAAUAAUAAUGGUUCCUGUAUUGACUGAAUUGGUUUCCUAAGUAUCAGCUGUUUUCAGCGUAAUGAAAUAUGUUAUUUAUUUUAUUUUGUAACUGUAACAAAGUGUCGUGGAGGUGUGAAAUGUAAAUAAAAUAGUUUAAUUGAAUGACUUAGGUAAUCUGAGAUAAUAAACAAAUUAUAUGUUAGUGGAAGUAUCAUUGCAGUUUAUUAAAAAUGGAUAAGUCAUAUAAAAUUCAUAGGUUAUAUUUGACAGCAAUUGAUUCACUACGAAGAACAAGUCGGAAUAUUAGUACAAAUAGAAUUUUAUGUGGAACUCAUUACGAAACUUUGCAAUUAUCCCAAAAUUGUAGCCUUAAAGAAGUUCGAGAUUCCUUCAUCACAUUAUCUAAGCAAUGUCAUCCAGAUAAAAAUCAGAAUGAUCCAAAUGCACAUUCUCGGUUUGUAAAACUGAGCGAAGCUUAUCAUAUACUGAGCAAUCCAGAUAAAAGGCAUGCUUAUGAUUUAAUUCUCAAAAGAGAGAGUAAUUAUAAUCGAGGAUAUGGGAGGACACCUGGUAGAGGUGCCAAAACGUAUGGACAAGCGGAAAAUUUUAACCAUGAAUUUUCCUGGACAUACGAAUGGAAGAACAGACAUAACUAUGAUAAAGAUGAUUACUACGGUAUCAAAGGUUUGAAGAGAGUUCGUAAUGGUUGGAUUGCUGUCCUUUGUUUCAUCUUCUCGUCCAUAGGCGUCUGCUUGCAAGUGUUCCUGAUUCGGAAGUCAACAGCAUUUAAUCGACAGCAUCUGGAUGAGCGAAGUGAACGUACAGGCAAAAUGCUGUCAGAUGUACAGCAACAAGCGAUAUUACGCGGUAACCAGGCGCAGCUGGAGCAACUGAAGCUGCGUCUGCAAAAUUUACAAACGUCAAACCACGAAACUAUACAGGAUGCUCAGAAAACAUACAGUGUAAAUUCCCAAAACAUGACAAACUCUUACAGUACGUCAGAACCAUUUGUUAUGGUCGUUCCAGACAUAGAAACUCUGGAAAUAUGUGAAAAGAGCUAAUAUUCUUAACCAACCCUUGAAUUUCUAGAAGAAAUACCUAACGGCGUAGAACGAGAUGGUAAGAAUGCGGCGACUGAACCAGCAUCUGUUACAUUAACAUCAUCGAUCACAUUAAAAGGAGAUUUGUUGACGUUUUAACAUUUUCUCAUAACCUAACAGAUAACUCUGCAAAAUGUUGAUAUAUUGUCAUAUUUUAUGCACCACAGUUUGAAAAACUGAUAGUAGAUGACUGCGGUGUAAAAUGAAAGAUAACGAGAGAGAAUCACGAGAAAUGCUGUUACAAACUUCAUGGCCAAAAGUAGUUCUUAUGUCAGUACCUGGAGAAAUAUUUUCUGAAAUUAAAAUUGCCAGAAAGGUACCGUAAUUCUGCACCAAAAAGCUUCCUCGCUGGUAUGGAUAUAGAAGUUGGUGCUGAGGGUGUGGAAGUGGAAGUCAAUGAUACAUUUUAAUGGCAGAAUUAUGUUGUUCUCUUAAUAUACGCAGAUGUUAAAAAUGUGUAAAAUGAAAAUAAGAAAAUUUAUGGUUAAUAUGGCUGACUUCUGAAUGUUUUGCGAGGUACUCUAGUAGAUAUUGUCUAGCAUUUCAGAGGUACUUACUGCCUACAACAUCAAGGUUGUACUCCAAAACAUUGGUUAGGAUCUAUAAAACCACAUGAUAUCCGUCUUCAUACUCAUUACCAUGAGAAUCUGAAAUCUCACCUAAGGAAAUUUCAUUUAUAUCAUGAAAUGUGGCUGAUAUGAUUUUAAUCAGUCGUGUUAUUGACGUUACUGCAAAAUCUUUCUUUAGGCUCUUUUAAUCUUUAUAUAGUGUAUAAAUCGAGAUGUAUGUAUUGUAUAAUGUGUAAAAUAUUAUUUAUUUUGAAGAAAUUAUGAACAGACGGUCAUGCAUAAAUAACGGGAACUUAA